GGCGAGCCGGAGCCGAGGUGUGAUCUCUCAGGCAGACUUGGGCCGGUUACUGGGCUUGUUCUGACUCUCACUCCUGAUUCUCACUCCUGCACAGGUGAUUUACAGUAAGAAACAUGGCAACAUCAGCCAGCUCGCUGCUCAGCAAGGUGGUGAAGCGACAGUACAUGGAGCUUCCUCAGGGGGACAAAGUGCAGGUGAUGUACAUCUGGAUCGAUGGCACAGGGGAGGGACUGCGCUGCAAAACCAGGACGGUCGACUCCGAGCCAAAGAGCAUCGAGGAUCUUCCUGAGUGGAACUUCGAUGGCUCCAGCACCUACCAGUCUGAGGGCUCGAACAGCGACAUGUAUCUCAUUCCCUCGGCCAUGUUCAGAGAUCCGUUUCGCAAAGACCCCAACAAGCUGGUCCUGUGUGAAGUCCUGAAAUACAACCGCAAACCAGCUGAAACCAAUCAUCGCUUGACGUGUCGAAAGGUCAUGCAGAUGGUGCAGGAUCAGAGCCCGUGGUUUGGCAUGGAGCAGGAGUACACCAUCCUAGGAACAGACGGUCAUCCUUUCGGCUGGCCUUCCAAUGGCUUUCCUGGUCCUCAGGGACCUUAUUACUGUGGAGUCGGAGCAGACAAGGCAUACGGCAGGGAUAUCGUCGAAGCUCACUACAGAGCGUGUCUGUACGCUGGAGUGAAUAUCUGUGGCACGAACGCUGAAGUCAUGCCAGCGCAGUGGGAGUUCCAGGUGGGACCGUGCGAGGGCAUCGAGAUGGGAGAUCACCUGUGGGUGGCUCGUUUCAUCCUGCACAGAGUGUGUGAAGACUUCGGCAUUGUCGCCUCCUUUGACCCCAAACCCAUCCCUGGGAACUGGAACGGCGCUGGCUGUCACACCAACUUCAGCACUAAGGAGAUGCGGGAAGAAGGCGGGCUCAAGUGCAUUGAGGAAUCUAUCGAGAGACUGGCUAAGAGACACAGCUACCACAUUCGCGCCUACGACCCUAAAGGAGGCCUGGACAAUGCUCGCCGCCUGACCGGCCGCCACGAAACCUCCAACAUCCACGAGUUCUCCGCUGGCGUUGCCAAUCGUGGCGCCAGCAUCCGCAUCCCUCGCACUGUUGGACAGGAAAAGAAGGGAUACUUCGAAGACCGCCGUCCGAGCGCUAACUGCGACCCGUACGCCGUCACCGAAGCUCUCAUACGCACGUGUCUGCUUAACGAAGACGGAGAUGAACCCUUGGACUAUUAGAUCUUUUUAAAUCUCUCUACUUUCUGUCACUUUGAGGACUGGGCUUCAUUCCACUCAUCUGUUAAACCGCCGUGAGGCAGAUUUUAGUACUGUAUUCUCUUGUUUUUCUUUUAUUUCUGUUUCAUUAGAAUGUCUCUAACCAUGCGUCAUAGCCAUAACCAUGUUUUUUUCUUUUUUUUUUUUUUUU